UGUUGGUUGCCCGGGCAACUGGGGCUGCGCACGCUGGGCCGCUGCCUUCUGGGAGCCCGAGCUGGCGGCUGCGUCCUGGGCCCCCAGGGCCUCCCCACUUUGGCAAAGCUGCAGCGGGGGGCAACUGCAGGGUCCAUGGCGGUGCCCUGCGGGGAGCAUUUCCGACUGGCCCGGCGAGAGAAACUGCCCCUCUCUAGGAAGACUCAGGAGCAGAGAAUGGACCACUUCCCACCCAUUCUGCGGCUCCUGGAGAAGAGACAGGAGCUGGUGGAUGUGGACCGAGGUCUGCAGGCCCAGCAGAAGGAGUUCCACACCACCAUGGCAGCCCUGCGGCACCGCUGGGCGCAGCUGGAGCAGAAAGAGCAGGAGCUGAGGGCGUCCCUGGGCCGCUUCGACAAGUUCCUGCAGGACGCAGAGGCCCGGCGCGGCCGCGUGCUGCAGAGGGCGGAGGAGGAGCGGGAGCGCGCAGGCCGGCGGGAGGCCGAGGCGCAGCGGCUGCGCGCCCAGCUGGAGGACCUGCGGCGGGAGCGCGCGCGGCUGCAGCGCAGGCUGGAGCGCCUAGACCCCUGCGCGCGCCUGCUGGAGCGCGCGCUGGAGCAGCUGCCAGAGGUGGGAAGGGGAGGCGAGCGACUGCGGACCCACGCGAGUGCCCUGCGCCCCGCCCCAGUUCCAGGAGGUCCCCGAGCUGGUGGCGCGCUUCCAGGGCCUGGCGGACACGCGGGCCGCGCUGCUGCGGGCGGAGCGCGGGCGGCGGGCGGAGCUGGAGGAGGCGCGCGCGGCGCUGCAGCGGCUGCGGGACGCGGGGCAGGACGAGCUGCUGGCGCUGAGCCGGCGGCGCGCGGAGCUGCAGGAGCGGCUGGAGGCGGCGCGGGAGCGCAGGCUGCAGUGGGAAUCCAAGUGGACUCAGAUCCAGAGCACCGCGGCAGAGAAGACCCUGCUCCUGGGGCGCGUCAGGAUGUCUGCGCUCAACCUGUCCCAGCUAGUGAGCCAGCACCAGCCGCAGCCGCCCGCCCUGGACGUGGAGGACACGGAGGGACAGCUGGAGCAGGUGAAACUGUUCAUCCUCGACCUCUCAGCCAUGCUGGCCAGCAUCCCCCAGGCUGAGCGCAGGGCUUCUGGCCCCAGUCAGCCACAGUGAACAGUGGGGUGCCCUGCACUUCCGGUGGGGUGCAGGUUGCAGUUGCCCUGGACGUGUUUUCAUCAGGAAGAUGAGCUGUGCCUGCCCAUGCUGCUGUGGGACCUACAGAGGGGUGCACACAGGCACCCCAUAAAUGCCUGCACCUGUUUGACCUGGGAACAAGAGAGGGUGUGGAUUCCUCCAGGACUCAGGGACAGCCCCAUGGAGAGCUCUAGCACGGUGCUGGACAGGCAGAGGGGUGGAGCCCAGAGGAGGUUUGUGGGUGCCUGGUCGCCAGCCACUGUGGGGACUCUGCUGGGGGAUGGGCCUACCCCAAGGCCCAGCUGCUGGGACAACUCUGACCUAACCUGAAGAGCGACACAGGCCACAAGGACCCCAAUGGAGCCCACCCUCAGGGGCCCCAGGUGAUGCUGGAGGGAACCACUCAAAUAAGACUCUGUACUCCUGGUCCACCAGAGAUACUCAAUAAAGGCUUAUUAAAAUCC